AUGACUUUCAACACUAUUGAGGAGGCGCUCGAAGCGUACAAAAACGGCGAGUUUCUUGUUGUGAUGGACGACGAGGACCGCGAGAACGAAGGAGACCUGAUCAUCGCUGCAGAGAAGGUGACCCAGGAAAAAAUGGCGUUUCUGGUCAAGCACUCGUCGGGCUUUGUGUGCGUGCCUCUGAGCACAGAGCGUGCGGACGCCCUUGAUUUGCAGCCCAUGGUGCCGCACAACACGGACCGUCAUGGCACGGCCUACACGAUUACUGUGGACUACGGCGAGGGCACGACGACGGGGAUCAGUGCCCACGACAGGGCGUUGACCGUGCGGCAGCUGGCGAACCCGGACUCGAAGCCGGCGGAUUUUCUGCGUCCCGGACACAUCUGCCCGCUGCGCGCCCGGCCCGGUCUGCUCAGAGAAAGAGUCGGCCACACCGAGGCUGCGGUGCAACUGUGUGUUCUGAGCGGUCUGCAGCCGGCCGGAGCCAUCUGCGAGCUGGUCAAUGCCGACGACGGGCUGAUGAUGCGGUUGCCCGACAGCAUCGACGAGCGCGCCGCGUCGCUGGACGUGAAGAUCUCCAAGCUGAACACCGAGCUCGCGACGUACCAGCAGAAAAUGGCCAAGAUGCGCGACGGGCCGGGCAAGACAGCCGUCAAGCAGCGCGCGCUCAAGGUGCUGAAACAGCGCAAGCAGCUGGAGGCGCAGAAAGACCAGCUCGACGCGCAGAGCUGGAACAUCUCGCAGGCGCAGAUGACGACCGAAAACCUGAAAAACACCAUGAUCACAGUGGACGCCCUCAAGAGCAGCAACAAGGAGCUCAAGCGCACCUACGGCAAGAUCGACAUCGACAAGAUCGAGGCGCUGCAGGACGAGAUGCUCGACCUGAUCGACCAGAGCAACGAGCUGCAGGACUCGCUUGCCCGCAGCUACGACGUGCCGGACGACAUCUCGGAGAGCGAGCUUGACGCAGAGUUGGAGGCCCUGGGCGACGAGGUGGCCGAGGACGAGACGCCGGCGUACCUGGAGAUGCCUACGUUUGUGGACGAGCCCGCCGAGCCCGAGCAGGAGGAGACGGUGAAGGAGGGCGAACUGGUGCAGUGA